UCUAAAAUAAGGCAAGUUCCACUCCUCCGGGUCACGCAUUCUCUCAAGCAUUGGUCAUGCAGCUGACAUUGCAAUCCCACAGCCCCAACCGGGUGCUUCCUGCCGUUGCACAAGGUAAAUUACAUCCACCGCCCACGGGAAACCAUUAGCGGCAAAUUGGGCGACGACUUUCCUGUUCGUUCUUUCCUUUUUCCUCCUCCCACCGAAGCAGCCGACCUCUCGUAUUGCGACGCCUGGUCAGGGCACUAUCACCAGUUUGGCGAUCGAACUUAAACGAGAAAAUAUCCCUCCUCUCCAGCCCCAGCAAAUAGACGAAAUCUUCCUUCUCUCGCAGCCCCGAGACCAAAGACGAGCAAAGAAUUCGAAGGAGAGGAGGUGAGGUAGCGGCGGUAAGAAGCCAUGGCCGCGACGCUCUCCUCAUCCUUCUUCGCCUCUUCUUCUUUUUCUUCGGUUGCUAAUCUCAAUCCGACGGUUCGGGGAAGAAGACUCUCUCCUUUUCUCUUUAAUCCCCUCUCGUUCCCCUCUUCCGUGCCCUUUCCUUCUCCUUCCCGUGGAACGGUUUCAAGGAAGCUAUACAAGGUAAGGGCCACCACAUUACAAGAGAAAGAGGAAAAGGUGACCGUGGAAGACACUUUUAACGCGAAGACAUUUCCUGGUAACGAGGGAAAAGUAACCGAUGCUGAUCCGACGACUAGUGCACCUGGUUCUGUGGAGAGCUGGGUUAUUAAGUUUGAGCAAUCCGUGAAUAUUUUUCUCACGGAGUUGGUAAUCAAGAUACUUGAUUCAUUUUACCAUGAUCGCCAUUAUGCAAGAUUUUUUGUGUUGGAGACCAUAGCUAGGGUACCAUAUUUUGCUUUUAUAUCUGUUCUGCACAUGUAUGAGAGCUUUGGUUGGUGGAGAAGAGCUGAUUAUUUGAAAGUGCAUUUUGCUGAAAGCUGGAAUGAGAUGCAUCAUUUACUUAUCAUGGAGGAACUAGGAGGCAAUGCUUUCUGGUUUGAUCGUUUUCUUGCUCAGCAUAUAGCAAUCUUCUACUACUUCAUGACGGUUGUCAUGUAUGCUGUAAGCCCAAGAAUGGCAUAUCAUUUUUCUGAAUGUGUUGAAAGACAUGCAUUCUUGACAUAUGACAAGUUUUUAAAGCUUCAAGGAGAAGAGUUAAAAAUGUUGCCUGCCCCACAGGCUGCUAUAAAAUACUACAUGAAUGAAGAUUUGUACCUGUUUGAUGAAUUCCAAACAGCUAGAGCUCCGAACUCUAGGAGGCCUAAAAUAGAGAACUUGUAUGAUGUGUUUGUAAACAUUCGGGAUGACGAGGCGGAACACUGCAAGACAAUGAAGGCCUGUCAAACCCAUGGAAGUCUCCGCUCUCCCCAUGCAGACCUGAACUCUUUGGAAGAUGAUUCAGGAUGUGUGGCGUCCCGAGCUGACUGUGAAGGCAUCAUAGAUUGUGUUAAGAAGUCAUUGACUCCUCGUAGGUGAAGAUUUAAAUUAUACUGUAAAUUUAAUAAAUAUGUUAUAUUGGAAAAUUAGAGCGAGAGGAGGGUGCUUACAGUUUAGAAUUUUGAAUACAAAGGAGAUUGAGUGUCAUCAUGCAUUUUGAUUUUUUGUCACAUACAUAUAUCUCACAAUUUUUCCCCCCAUAUUUUCCUCUCAAGUAAAACCAAAGGCUUAAUUGUUAA